AUGUCAAACCAAGAAAGCGCUUCAGAACGGCCGAAAUCAGACGCUAGCAUGAAAGAUGCCGCGGGACGGGCUGCGAGUGAACAGACUGUUCCGGAUGCACCACACACCAAAAAGGAUGGUGAAGACGAAGAGAUGAAAGAUAGUGAUCUAAGCGAGGAAGAUGAGUUGUAUUACUACGUCAUUCCCAAAAUGUCUGCCGAUAUGAGCCAAGAAGAAUAUUUGGCUCACAAGCAAAAGGCUAUAGAGACCGAGCAACGGAAAGAUAUAUCAGCAUAUUCGACACAUUGCGUGCGACCAAAUAAUAUGGAUGAUGCAGCUUGGGCGACGGAACAGAAGCGCCAGAUUUUCAAGCUCAAGAAGUAUGCCACAUUCGCGUACUGUCUGACAAACGUGGACCAUAAUGACGGAAACGCAAUGGACGCAGCAGUGUCAGCGGCCGAAAACGAAGAAGAGUCCUAUGAGAUCACUUUCAUGGACAGAAGACCAGAUAUGAGUGAUGAUGCAUGGUCACAACAAAAACAAAAACUACUUGCGAAAAAGAAGUCGGAAGAUGGUGAAGACGAAGAAACCAAGCAACGACAGAACUACCUAGACCAAGGCGCCAGCAAUGCAAAGAGCUCACAUACCCAAAAGGCUCUUUUAGAGGAGAAGGUCCAGGCUAGACUAACAACAGUACCGGAAGCCGUAAGAGAGAGGCAACUGCAAAUGUUGCCAAUACUCUGGAACUGGUGGAGUGAAGGGGCUGCACAGCAAGAUCAGAGUCAGCUAGCUCUGCUGAACCAACAUAUCUCUCAUGUCACGCAAGAUGCGCACCUUUAUAGAGUGACAGGUACCCAGAUUGAGUCAUUCAUGAAAACAAUCACGGGAAAGCUUAGAGAGUGUGCAGCAGAGUCCGUUCCAGAUGACACCGUGUUAGGCCUCGCAGCCCAGGUUAUUUCCUUCACAAACACUCUUCGCAAGGUAGGCCUAGACUGUAAAAUGAUGGCCUCGAACGACAUACAUAACUCUGUGAUGAGAUGUUUACGAAAAUCUCAUCGGCAAGAUGUAGUUAAGCGGCGAGAGAGCUUCGAAAAUGCUUUUCUUGAGAUUGCACCAGCGCAACUAAAGGUGUAUGAAAAAACUGACACCAUUCUUGAAUUUCUUGAAUCUGGCAUCAAGAAAGCAAAUGAACCAAUUGUCAAAGCAACUAUAGAACAGCUUAAGGGGUUGAACAUACUGAUGGGAGAGUGCAAUGGCGUGCAUGGCUACAAACGAUGGGACCAUCAAUUCCCAAUAUCGGAUCUAGAGGCCUGUUGUUCCGAUGAAAUCACAACAAGCAAAUACCUGACUCACCUAGAGUUCAAGAUGAAGAUUUUGGGCAUUCCCGGCCAUGAAAGAGUUGCCAAUAUGCGGAGUGUAGCUUACGAAAUUGAUCCUGCUACAAAGUCCUUCAUCAGGGAUCAGCUGUUAGAAGUUACCAGGGCAGAGGAACCCGUACGGAUUCUUGAUGAAGCUCCUCUGUUGGACUCCGGUUUUAGUGGUCUACUACAUCCCGAAUCAAUUCCCCAGAGUACGGUGGCUUGGGGUAAGAACAGGGCAGACUUUUACAUCAAUCAGUAUGGCCCUGUGCACGCCCCGAUAUGGCGCAUAGAGAAAAUGGCUACGCGAGCUUGGACUGAAAGGUACGGGCAGCAACCCCCGACUAAACUAAAAGUUACCGUCCCAGGAAACCGGUAUGGAGAUGAGAGGGAUUCGAAAGGAAACCCAAGGUACGGCCAAAACCAUAUACAGGGAAUAUACGGGGUAGCCUUCUGGGAAGAUGGCGACCUAGAGCAGCAGACAGUCGAAGAGCUUCUCAAUCCGGACGGCGAGAGACGACUUGAUCCGGCUUACGUUCUGAUCGGAUGGGAUCGGAAGCUAAAUGGAAGAGAUAUCGAAAAGUGCUGGGAAACGAGACAGUGCUUGAGACAACGAAAUGGCAAGGUUAAGGCAGAUAAGCAGAUCAGUAAUGCUGCGGUUCAGUCCCAGGAAAAGUUCAACGAUUGGUAUGAAGAAUAUACAGGAACUGACAGCGAGAUUGCACCCAUAACCUCCCAAGACUUUCCGCCUAGCAACCUACAUCUUCCAACGCUCCACACUGGCAUCCAGAGUCCAGUCGUAGGCAGCGGCGAAAUUUCUAUGUUGAGCAACGCAAUGAACCGGGGGCCUUCUACAGCGAAUCAUUCGAAAGAAAUUGCGGCAGCUCUGUCGUUGGCAAUGGCUCAAUUCUGCAAUAUUGCCGAUGACGAUAUUCGCAAUAAGAAGGUAAACAAGUUCAUGAGCAAUACUUAUGGCAAAACAUGGGCGGAAUUAAUAGCUGGAGAAUAA